AGCGCCACGGGCGGCACACCACACUAGCCAAGUCAGUUGAGAAAAUUGACUCGUACGUGUUCGUGUAGUUCUAUAUCUCCCUAACUUAAAAAAAGAAAAAUGGGUGUACCUGCAGGAAACGCUGAAAACGGCAAGAAGAUCUUUGUCCAAAGAUGCGCACAGUGCCACACAGUUGAGGCUGGCGGCAAACACAAAGUAGGCCCCAACCUCCACGGUUUCUUCGGACGCAAGACUGGACAGGCUGCCGGAUUCUCAUACUCAGAUGCCAACAAGGCUAAGGGUAUCACCUGGAAUGAGGACACCCUCUUUGAGUACCUGGAGAACCCCAAGAAAUACAUCCCCGGAACCAAAAUGGUGUUCGCCGGUCUGAAGAAGCCCAAUGAACGUGCGGACCUCAUCGCGUACCUCAAGAGCGCGACCAAGUAAUCUAACAAAUUAUUAGGAAAUUUACAGAAUAAGAAGCAUUUUCCAUUAUGUUACUGGAAUCUACUUCUGUUCAUAGCCCAAUCAGUAUCAUUUAACUAAUGUAUUUGAAUGUUAUUGGCAUUAUUGCACAAUAGUUACCUAUAUCAUGUCAUCAUACCUAGUGUAUACUUGUAAUUAUGUGAUCUGUAAUUUAUUUAUUUAAGAAAAGGUACAUGUUGUUCUGAGAUGAUCACCAUGCUAACAUAAGAUGUUAUUCACAAUUUUUAGGUACUUGUGAGUGUGAUUUAAAUGUUAAUAAAUUAUUAAUAGUGAUCACAA